UGUCGAUUCCAGUCAUACGAUCUGUCAUCAUCCUUCGUACAAUGCGAAAAGGGAAGUUGAAAGUGGGAGAUCGCAGAGCCUUAUGAAAUUUAACGUUACGGUAGCUUGCUGGGUCAUCGACACACUGAACAGACACUGAAGUGCAACAAAGAUUGUCCUGGAGACACCAUUCAAAAUAACUAGCUUCCUCUUUUUGGUAGGUAUUUUCUACAGUUAUUCACAGUACCUCAGCGUCCAGAGGAAGAGACCGGGCAGUGUGACAUGGCAAGUAGAGGCGGAGCUACACGACCCAAUGGGCCAAACGCAGGCAACAAGAUCUGCCAGUUCAAACUUGUGCUCUUAGGAGAGUCAGCUGUGGGGAAGUCGAGUCUCGUACUUCGUUUCGUCAAGGGACAGUUUCACGAAUUCCAAGAGAGCACAAUCGGAGCUGCCUUCCUGACUCAGACAGUAUGUUUGGACGACACAACAGUCAAGUUUGAAAUCUGGGACACAGCUGGUCAGGAGCGCUACCACAGUCUGGCUCCAAUGUACUACAGAGGUGCCCAGGCAGCCAUUGUGGUGUAUGAUAUAACAAAUGAGGAGUCAUUUGUACGGGCUAAGAACUGGGUUAAAGAGCUUCAGAGACAAGCCAGUCCAAAUAUUGUAAUAGCUCUGGCUGGGAACAAGGCUGAUCUCGCAAACAAGAGAGCUCUGGACUUCCAGGAUGCACAGUCAUACGCAGAUGAUAACAGCUUGCUUUUUAUGGAAACCUCAGCAAAGACCUCUAUGAACGUGAAUGAGAUAUUCAUGGCCAUUGCAAAGAAGCUACCCAAGAAUGAGCCUCAAGCGGCCGGAGCCAGCAGUGGGCGGAACCGGGGAGUGGACCUGACGGAGACGGCUCAGCCCACCAGCCGUUCCUGCUGCAGUAACUAACCUGGCUCUUCCUGCUCAUCCUUCCCACACACCCCCCCCCCCAUCGCCCCUCCCAACUGAACAUCUGGACAUCGGGCUCCUUGGCUUCCUGACGUCAGACCUGACCGUCAACCUCACUCCCCUGGAAUAGCUAAAAGACUCUGUAUAGCUGCAUUUCUAAUACCUAUUUUUUUUUUGUUGAUGUUCUUUUGUUUCUUUUUUUUUUUUUUUUACUUUUUUUAAGAAGUGUAUAUCAGUAUAAUGGAUGCAUGUAUCACUACAACGCCUAAAACACAUUUUUAUCUCUUAUUCAGUUUGAAGACUAACCCCAAUUAAGAAAGAUGAGCAUGCGAGAAACCUGUGAACGUGUGAUUGUGUUGUGUGUGAAUAUCCAAGUGCGAGUUGCCGAUGAGAAGGUGUAGCCUCAUUUGUCACUUCACAGGGUCGACUGGAUGCGAAUGGUGUUACCUGUAAUAUUCUUUGUGUGUGGGUUAAGUUAUGCUCACAAUCAGAAGAAAACCAAAUUGUUCCCAUCUUGAGACGCCUGGCUUUGCAGACUGUCUGUUGUGAGGCAUCACUGUAUUUAGACAGUGCCAGGAAAAGGACUGAUGUGCAAACCAAGAAUCCCUCCCUUCCACACAUCUGUUACAUAAGAAGACAUCUUCAUCCAAGGCUCCUAACGGAAAGUGCGGAAAAUAAAUUUGGUACUGUCCAGUUUUUAAAUAAUUGGAAAAUGCACACAAAAAAAGGCUUUGAGUAUUGAGAAGAAAAACCGCCUUGAUACACAUCUGGCUUCCUUUUAUGCACAACCAUCUGUAGAGCAAUAUGGGCUUGUCACAUUGCAAUACACCAUAUUGAACAACAAAGUCUUCUUGGUAUGGAAAACAUUUUUAUUUUUUUUAAAGUGUGGGAACAUCAGGAACCAACACCUUGAGGUCAACAUGAGGCCCGUAUGACAGGAUUUUUAUUUUUAUUUUGGCUUUGCUAUUUAACAAAUGCUUUCAAAUCCAUCACAGAAGUUACAUUUUUGACACUGAUAUGUUUUCACAUGAAAAAGAAAAUCAACAGGGAGCUUAAAGACUGUUGAACAUCCUGCUUUUUGAGUUGCAAAGACUUGAACAUACGGCUAGUUCUAUGUUAAACUCUUGUCUUUGUCAAUCCGCUCUGGCCAGUAGUAAACCUGCAUCAAUUUGGGUGAUCUCAAUCAAAGGUAGGGGGGGAGGGGGUAGAAUAGAGUUCAGCCAGCACACAAACAGAAAAUUGGUCUACUACCUAUUGUCACAAGUAUGUGGAAAAACAAAUAUACUCUAAUGUUGUUAUAGGGUGCAAUGUUGUCUUCUUCCUCCUUUAGCACAGCUUGCAGAGCUCCUGAGCGCACCAGGAAAUGAUCUAGGGAUUCUGAACAAUUGUACAGUUCAAUAUAGGUCUGUUUUUUUUUUUUUUCUUCAUCCUAGACCUUGUCACAAACUGGUCAAAUGUUAAGCAGUGGUGGUCUUUUUAGGUAAAUGUAGUGUUAUUAACAAAAUCCCUCUCUCUUGUUACUUUUCUCCGAAAAGGUCCAUGGUCAUGUUUGAAAGGAACUUUUAUUGCAUUGCACAGUGUUGAUCAUGUUUUAAUUAAUGACUGCCCUUCGAUUUUAUAUGACGGACUGUAUUGGACUUGCUAACCUACAGCUAUAAGCAGGUAGCAUAAUUAACCUUACUGGUGGUCUCUCAUACAGCUCAAUGAAUUUUAAUGAUGUGAAACAGCAUUACUAGUGAUGGGCUGAUCAGUUUUGAGUGUCUGAAUACAACUUAAUAAAUUCAAUAAAGAGGUCUCUUCUA